AUGGUUAACUCUAUCAAUAAGGUAGAAACUAGUACCUUUUACCUGCGUAUUAUCAAUUUAAAUGUGCCAAAUUAUAUCACAGAGAUUGAAUUGGAAACAAUUAAACAAAUAAACUGGUAUUUAAAGGGUCAAUUUUUUAUUGGACAAAUGCCACCAUUGUCUAGUCUAGUAUCCUAUUUUAUUGCAAGAUUGGCAGGGUAUCAUCAAGAAGAAGUUUUCCUUUAUGCUGGACAACCUUUUCUUGAAUUUCCUAUUGUUAUCUUACGUCAAAUCUCUGCUACUUUAGGAACACUUUUAAUUCCUUUAUCUUAUUUAACAAUUCGAAAUAUAGGGCAUUCUUGUUUCACUGCUACAUUUGCAGCCAUCAUGCUCGUCUUUGAAAAUGGUAUUAUUACACAAUCAAGAUAUGUUACACCAGAUAGUUAUAUGCUGUUCUUUACUGCCUUGGCUAUUUGUUUCUAUACUCGAAAGCAAAUGAUGAUGACAGGUAUAAUGAUUGGUUGUGCAAUGAGUUCUAAAUGGACAGGACUCUUAUCUAUUCCUAUCCUUUUGACAUCUAUCCUCCUAAACACAUGGAAUCAACUUUGUAACAAAUAUAACAAGAUUAAAGAUAGUAUUCAAAAUUUAUUCAUUCAAGUGAUAACGAUAACUCUAUUACCUUUCUUGAUCUACUUGACUAUUUUUCAGAUUCAUUUCUGGUUAAUACCAAACAGAGGUGACCACGACCUCAUACUUAGUCCUCAUCUUAAACAUAGUUUGGUAGGUACAGAAACUGAACUAACGCAAUCUCCUAUUGCCUAUGGCUCUCAAAUCGUUAUUCGACAUGAUGGCACAGUUGGAGGUUAUCUUCAUUCUCAUAGAAAGAGUUUAAAAGGGGGUUCCAAACAACAAGAGGUUACACUCUACCCAUAUAUUGAUGUGAACAACCUCUGGACUGUUCACAAAACGAACCAGCUCUGGAAUAGUUCUCAACCACUUGAAUAUGUUCAUAACAUGGACAGUAUUCGGUUGGAACAUGUAGCAUCAACUCGUAAGUUACAUUCACACAAUCACAGACCUCAACUCUCAGCUAAGAGGGAUCAUAGUGAGGUAACAGCUUAUGGUGAUAAGCUCAUCGAAGAUAUAAAUGAUUAUUGGACACUGAAAGUAUUAACAGAAGAGAAUACGCCAUCAAAGGAUACGACGCUAAGUUGGAAAUCUCUUAAUCAGCGAUUUCGAUUAGAACACGCAAGAAGAUGUACGUUAAUUAGUCAUCCAGUCUAUCAAGAGGAUCAACAACAAGAAGUAACGUGUAUGUUAAGUGCAGGAACACAUGUCUCAUCAUGGAUUGUAGAAUCAUCCUACCAUAUACAACUGGAAAAUCAGACCUUAGUUAGCUAUGAGCCUAUUUCCUUUUCAAAAAAAAUCAAGCAAGUUCAUGAAUUGAUGUACAAAUACUCAACUAAUGUCUAUGAUCGUCUUGAAACAAGACCAACUAAUACAAAAUCUCAUCAAGAAUCAUCUAUUCAAUUGUAUUUUCAACAUACAGGUUUUCAUAUAUGGUCACAACUGACCGGUUAUUCUUCUCAUAUCGUUAUCAAUACUUGGUUGCCUAUGUUGACACUUUCCUGUACUCUUAUCUGUCUUGGCUUAGUUGGCCUCACCGCUCUCCUGUCACAACGUCAGAUAAAAUUCAAUGCAGUCUUCUUUGGGGAUGAUUUUAUAUUUUUCUUAUCAGGUAUGUGGAUAUGGCUUAUUGGACUUCGUUUUAUCCCCACCACAGAUCAACAAAGGUCUCUAUCGGAUUUACUAGGUGCCCUUUACUUUGGAAUUGGUUUACUAGCCGUCACUCUUCCUACUUUAUUUAUACCCCGUUUCAAACUCAUUGUAGGGACUCUGCUGAUCAUCUUGGUGACCGUCCAAUUUAAGCGUCUCUCUCAUCUCACCUAUGGCACCUAUUGGACUCGAGAGGCAUGUGAAGAGUCAGGUAUCGAUCUUGACUGCCUCUUGUUUCCAAAUCGAUAUCCAAAUAAUACAAUGACCGCUUUAACCUUUGUACCUUUACCUGCUGGACACAGUCAAUCUCUCGAAUAUCAACCUGGAAAUGAAUGGGAGGUUCAACAAGAGAAGCAAAGAUUGCAACAGUCUGUUUUUAAAAACCAAGCUACGGGCACACUUCGAUAUCAUCGUGUUUUACCAACUCCUACAAUGUCACCUGAAGAAGCCGCUGAAUGGGGUAAAGAUAUUACGGUUGCUGCAUUAAAACGACGACAGAAAGAACAAAAGAAGAAGAAGAAGAACAAAAAGAAGGCAGCAAAAUCAGCAUUGAAAAAAGAAGAAUAAUAAAAAUUCAGUCAUUACAUAAUAAUAAAUAAGCUUCAUCAUUUAAUAAAACUUUUUU